GGCCCUGCCCGCCCGGGGUUGCCCCAGGCCGGGUGUGCGAGCCCCGGCCGGGGCGUGCUCGGCGCGGGGAACCAUGGUGGAGAAGCGGUGCCCGCGGCUGCAGCGGGACGGCGUGUACCGCUGGUUCUCCGAGCUGCCCUCCCCGCAGCGCGUGGAGUUCCUCUGCGGCCUCCUGGACCUGUGCAUCCCGCUGGAGCUGCGCUUCCUGGGCGCCUGCCUGGAGGACCUGGCCCGCAAGGAUUAUCACUCCCUGCGCGACUCCGAGAUCAAGGCGAACAACCCCGCCGACCUGGGCAGCCUCACCAACCUGACGGACGAGGUGGUGCGCAGCAAACUCCUGGUGUCCCUCGCCCUGCUGGGCUCUGCCCACCGGGAGGCCGCCGGGGUCCUGUUCCGCACCCUCACCCACAUCGACUCGGUCAUCAACAACUACGGGCUGCAGCUCAACGAGGGCCGCACGGGGGAUGAGUUCCUGUUGCUCUUCACCAUGGCAUCCAACCACCCGGCCUUCAGCUUCCACCAGAAGCAGGUGCUGAGGCAGGAGCUCACCCAGAUCCAGAGUCUCAUGGCCAGCACCAGCAAGAAUCCCAGCACCUCUGCCCUCAACACCAUGGCAACCUAUCCUGGCUGCCAUAAGGUCACUCCAAGGUCGGAGACCCCCAUCAACAGUGUCAGUAACAGUUUGGAAAAUGUGCUCCACACAUCCACACAUUCCAUGGAGGAGUCACUACCCAAGAGGCCUUCGGGGAAGCACUCCAAAGUGAGUGUUGAAAAAGUGGAAUUAAAGGGGCUGACACACAAGAAGAAUGAAAGAAAUGUUGAGUAUUCCUUUGAGGUCCUGUGGUCUGAUUCUUCGGUGACGUUGGUAACCAAAUCUUCUGCGGAAGUGACUGAAUUCAUUUCAAAGCUGUCUCAGCUGUAUCCAGAAGAAAACUUGGAGAAAUUCAUUCCCUGCUUAGCUGGUCCAGAUUCAUUUUACCUGGAACGGAACCACAUGGACCUGGAAUCAGACCUGAGGUACCUGGCCCCGUUCCCUUCCCAUGUGGUGAAAAACGACCACGUCAGGAAGUUCUUCAGCACUUCAUCUCCCUCACAGCAACUUCAGAGCUCAAAUCCUGGCAACCCCUCCCUGUAUAAAGUAGGAACUACGCUGGGAACAUCUGGAAGACCUAUAUGUGGGGUGGCUGGAAUUCAGUCUUCCCAGAACCACGUGCAGCACUCGGCUGCUGCUCCCGUGUCUCUGCCCCACUGCUCACACUCCGGAGGCGCCGGCUCCUCGCUGGGCUACCGCUCCCAGCUGGAAAACUCCUCCCCAGCCAUGCUGAUGUCUUCCAGCCCUCAGACCCCUCAGACACAGGAGCAAAACGGGAUCCUGGACUGGCUCAGGAAGCUGCGCUUGCACAAGUAUUACCCCGUCUUCAAACAGCUCACCAUGGAAAAGUUUCUGAGUCUUACUGAAGAAGAUCUGAAUAAGUUUGAGUCCCUCACCAUGGGAGCAAAGAAGAAGCUCAAGACCCAGCUGGAGCUGGAGAAGGAGAAAUCAGAGAAACGGUGCCUAAACCCCUCCACACCUUCCUCAGUGACCAGCAGUGGGGUGGCCAGGGUUCCCCCCACUUCCCACGUGGGGCCUAUCCAGAGUAUCCGGGGCAACCACGCUGCAGAGCUGCGAGUGGACGUGGAUCAGCCAGCCCACCCCCUGCCCCGGGAGGGCAGCUCCUCCGAGUACUCCAGCUCCAGCUCCAGCCCCAUGGGGAUCCAGACGCGCGAGGAGAGCUCGGACAGCGCCGAGGAGAACGAGAGACGCCUGGAGCUCCACCUGGACGCCUCGGACAAGGAGAAGCCGGUGAUGCUGCUGAACCAUUUCCCCUCGAGCUCUGCCAGGCCCACGGCGCAGGUGCUGCCCGUGCAGAACGAGGCCGGCGCGGGCCCCGCCGGGCACCACGCGCUGCCCAUGCAGAUGCUGUCCCCCAGCCCGUCGCACAUGGCUCCCAUCCGCAUGCUCGGCUCCGUGCACAAACCGGAGCGCGGCUCCACCGACAUGAAGCUGCUCUCGUCCUCUGUGCACUCCCUCUUGUCCUUGGAAGAAAGGAAUAAAGCCUCUCCCGGCUCGAGGGGCAGCAUAAAGAUGGAAAAGGGCUUCGGGAACGCCGUGGUGGACGUCAUGUCCACGUCCUCUCCGCACCAGCCCUUGCAGGUGCUGUCGGGGGGAGCCGAGAGCGGCUCCCCCACGUCCACCAUGAACUUUGGGCCUCGGACCAAAGUCGUCCACGCUUCCACUCUGGACAGAGUGAUCAAACCAGCCCAGCAGCCAGGACUCAUCGUGGAGACAAGCACUGCUGCCACGGUGACGUCCAGCACAGUCUUCCACGUGGCUCGUCCGCCCAUCAAACUCCUGGUGUCGUCGUCUCUUCCCACCGACUCCGCCAUGGCCGGACAGACUUCCUGCUCCAGCAAUAUGCAAAUAACGGUGUCCCCUGCAAUAAUCAACCCCCGGACUGCUCUGUACACAGCCAACACCAAAGUUGCCUUUUCUGCCAUGAGCAGCGUGCCCGUGGCGCCCAUGCAGGGCAGCUUCUGCGCCAACAGCAACGCGGCCUCCUCCAGCAGCCACCCGUCCCCGUCCUUCACCACCAUGGCCAACCUGCCCAGCUGCCCCGCGCCCAGCUCCAGCCCCACGCUCUCCUCCGGCGCCGACAACAACUUCUACAGCAGCAGCAGCAGCAGCAGUAGCAGCAACAACGGCGGCGGCUCGGCCGGGAGCGUCCCCGUGCCCAACCAGAACCACCACCACCACCACCACCAGCAGCCGCCGCCGCAGCCCCCCGGCUGCAUGGUGUGCAGCUCCUGCGGCUGCAGCGGCAACUGCGGCUCCAGCGGCAUGACCGUCAGCUACGCCAACUAUUUCCAGCACCCCUUUUCAGGACCUUCCAUGUUUACUUUCCCUUUCCUGCCCUUCAACCCCCUGUGUAGCAACGGCUACAUCAACACGCAGCAGUACAACAGCAGCACCACGUUCCCCGUGGUGCACACGGCCUACAACAGCGGCCUGGCCCCCGACUCCGUCAUGGCCGGGCAGUCCACCUUCGCCGUGCCCCCCAUGCAGAACUUUAUGGCGGGCACGGCCGGGGUGUACCAGGCACAGGGGAUGAUGGGCAACGGCAACGGGUCAAGCCACAAAAAGAACGGGAACCUCUCCUGUUACAACUGCGGGGCCAGCGGGCACAGAGCUCAGGACUGCAAACAGCCACCCAUGGAUUUCAAUCGGCAAGGUACGUUCAGGCUGAAGUACGCCCCUCCCUCCGAAAGCCUGGACUCCACAGACUGAGGUUUGCCCAGCUGGCACCACGAUGCUGUAAAGCCAUGGAGAGCGACGGAGAUCGAACUGCAAAACUGAGACGUCCAGUUGCUGUUAAGCUUAAUGUAUUUUUUAAUCCAAAGGUGCUUUACUUUAUUAGACUAGGUAGAAAAUCUAGCUUAGGGGUGCAGCCAACCCAGUUUUGAUUGCCAAAUUCAAGCUCUGAUGUUGGAACUCCUGACCCCGUGUCCUCGGAGCGAUGGAUGGACGGAUGGAUGGUGGAGCUGGCCAGCUGCAGUUCCUGCUGGAAGUACAACAUCCCCUGUACUUUUUUGGCUGGAGAAUGUUGCCACAAUUGGACUUUUCCAAGGUGAAAGGCCUGACUCCAGGGCAGCUCUGUUCUGAGGUGGAAGGUAGGAGUGGCCGGAAGGACUUUGGCACCCCUGGGCUAGGUAAAAUGUCUACUUUUUUUCAAAAGUGAUCAGGCACUAAUCUCUGGGAUUUUUAAGGAUUGCACUACAGAAGAAUGUAAAACUCUUCAAGCUUUCUGCACUUUUAGCAGACAGUGUCACUCUGAGACCAGUGCAAGAGGCAAAGAAGUUCCAACCUUUCCAAAUUGGCACCAGCAGGCUUACGGGACUUAAUUCCACAAUAAAAAUCCUAAAAAGUCUCUCUUUUCCCUUCCAAAAGAACACACACGGCAGUUUCGGUUCCUUCUGGAAACAAACUCGUGCUUCAUUGUCUCACCUAUUACUAGCUAGUGCUGGCUUCCCAGCACUGGAAUAAACUUAGUUUCCAAGGGUCCAAGUCCCAGAGACUCCAGAGUCAUAAAGGCUUCAAGAAUAUUUUCUUGUAAUACACAAAACCUUUACGUCCUGUUACUGUAUAUAGGUCUCUUUCACAGAAACCUUAUUAUUCUGCUUUUGUAAAUGAAUUUUAAACCAUCCUAAAAAAAAAAAAAAUCAAACUAAGAACUCUGGUAGCAGAGUUGAUAAGCUUUUGCUUUACUUUAUAUAAAAUACCCUUUGGCUCCUACUCCAGGAUUCAGGAAUGGUGGGAGUCAAACAUGUAAAAGGUAGUAAAAACUUCAUUAUUAUCAAGACUUGGAAGGAUUUCUUGUCGGCCUCCUUUGUUGCAGUAGGUUGUAGAUGAGUAGCUUUGGUGUUAACUACUUAGUCCAUCAUUUGUGGGUGACAAAUCUAAAUUAGGACUGGAGAGGAAGCCAAGCCCAUCUCGAACUGCUAAUUUGAAACACUUUGGUCCUGUCUGGUUGAAAGAAGAUCCUAAUCCUCAUGGCUCUCCCCCACCAAGGAAUUUGACAGCAUUAAAUGGGCGAGGCCUCCUCUGUAAAAGUGUCUGACAUAGAGAAAUUUGCAUCCUGUAAUUCAGGAGACACCUUUAAAGUCUGAAGCCUUGUUUACACUUGGAGGUAUUCCUUACACCAGGAUGAAUGCAUAGGAUUUGUAGUGCAGCAGUGUUUUGGGAAGUCCUCUGGGAGCAGGAGGGUUUGGAGCUGCCCCCAGGAGAUGGGGCAGCGUGAGGGGGGAGCCCAGCCCUUCCUGGGCUGUGCUGAUAGCAGAGGAACAUUUUGGGCCAUCCCUGUGUCCCUGUCUCUCCAAGGGCAAGUCUCAUCCUCGUGGGAUCACGAGCAUCAGGAGAGCCUUGGGAGGAAUGUGAGUACCAAACCCGGCCCAGGGAGGGAUCCAAAACCUGAAUUUGCAGAACAAACAAACAAACAAACAAAAGAUACUUUUUAUUGCUAUGCAAUAAGAACCCCCUGAUUUGUGUAUCCCCAGCCCAGCUCCCGCUCCCUGUUGGCUCUGCCCGAGUUUGAGGACAUUCCCUGUGUUCCCAUGAACAACCUUCAGACCUACAACACUAAAGGGAUGAAAACUGACAAUGCAAUUUACUUUGCCUUAAUGAGCUCAAGACAAUGGUAGGAACAGUCUGUCCCACUGCAUCAUGCCCAAGGAAAACGUGCAGUUCCAUGUUUACUAUUUGCAGCUUUGAGGGUCUCUCCAGUGGCCUGGAACAUGUGCUGAAAGCCAAACUUAGUGUUAUUAUUAUUAUUAUUGUUGUUAUUAUUUUUUUCACUUUUUUUAAACAGUAUUUUAAAAUUGUAUUUAAAGAAACUGUAUUUCAACACACAUGUGAGUGUUCAAAACCCUCUCAAAACAGCAAAAAAAAAAAAACAGCAGCA